AUGGAUCCACUGAAGUAUAUCUUCCAAAAGGCGAUGCCGUCUGGAAAGUUAGCUAAGUGGCAAAUGAGGUUGAGUGAAUUUGAUAUUGUGCAUGUGACUUCGAAAGCGAUAAACGUACAGGCUUUGGCUGAUCAUCUUGUAGAAAAUUCCGUUGAUGAAGAGUACGAACAACUUAAGACUUAUUUUCACCACGAUGAAGUGUCAUUUGUGGGUGAGGAUAUUUCUGAGGCAUAUCUAGGUUGGAGAUUAUUGUUUGACGGAGCGACAAAUCAUCAAGGUAAAGGUAUUGGAGCAGUCUUAGUGUCAAAAUCUGGUAAGCACUACCCCAUGGCGUCUAAGCUCAAAUUUAAUUGCACAAACAACAUGGCCCAAUACGAAGCUUAUAUUCUAGGGUUGAAGAUGGCCAUCGACAUGAAUGUCAACGAGUUGUUGGGUAUUGGAUAUUCAGACCUUUUAAUUCAUCAUGUUCAAGGAGAAUGGGAUGUGAAGAACCCAAAUAUUAUACCUUAUGUACAAAACUUGCAAAAGUUGUGUAAACGAUUUUGUAUGAUUGAGUUAAGACAUACUCCCAAAAUACAAUAUGAAUUGGCAGAUACUCUGGACACCGUCGCUUCAAUAAUUAAACAUUCUGAUACAGAUUAUAUUGAUCCUCUAGAUAGAGGGUUGAAAGAACAUCCAGUCCAUUAUUCCCCUAUUGAAGCAAAACCAGACGGUUUGCCUUGGUAUUUUGAUAUAAAGAAGUAUUUGGAGUUUUGA